AUGGACGAGGCCUUGCUGGGUCGGCCGGGCCCCAUGGCUCCGACAGCGUACGGCGUCGGGAUCAGAGGGUACCUGGACGGACACGACAUGGCGACCAGGGUGCCGCCACCACCUGGAGCCGACCGCUGGACUUCGUCUUCCGCCGACAAGAAGGAGAAGCUCGACUCCAAGGACGCGACGGCCGCGGCGUACGACACCGGCCCGGCUUCGGCCGGCUCUGGCGGCGGCGGCAUGCUGUGGGACCGCACGCUCUCCGAGCUCAAGCUCGAGUACAUGGACCUGGACGAGUUCCUCAGCGAGAACGGAGUGGCCGGCAAGGGCGUCGCUGCGCUCUCGCCGCGCCACAACCCGUUUCGACAGGCCGCCACUUCUAUGGUGGACCCGCAUCGGCUCGCCCCCGAUCCCGGAGGCCUCGACGAGGAAAAUGACCUAAUACUAUUCUCUUUUUCCGGCUUCGACGCAGCGGAAGGCGCCUGCUACUCGAUGCAGUCACUGGCCGAGCACUUCCGGGGCGACGAGGUGAGCUCCAGGAGGAGCUGCAUGCUGACCCCAUGGCGGGGACGCCGGUCGGGCUCGCCCACCGCCACCGUGGUGCCGAUCGACUGCGGCUUCACCAAGACCGACCUGGCGCUGGCCAACCUUCCCGGUCACGACGACUUCGACCCGAGCCACCACCCCUUCUCCGAGGACGAACUCAAACCACAACCCAUCGUCAAGAAGUCGCGCAAGCAGUUCGUGCCCAACGAGCUGAAGGACGACAAGUACUGGGCGCGCCGCCAGAAGAACAACAUCGCGGCCAAGCGGUCGCGCGAGGUCCGCCGCGUCAAGGAGAACCAGAUCGUGCUGAGGGCCUCGUACCUCGAGAAAGAGAACAUCGCGCUACGAGAGGAAGUGCACAAGCUGCAGCAGGAGAACGACGUGCUCAGGAAACGCCUGCACGAGUACGAACCCUGA